GCUUACCAGAGGCAGCAAGACGCGUGUUUUGGGUGCAGCGCCUGGCCCCGGUUGGAGAGCUGGCCGUGCUCUGAUGCGGCGGAGGUGUGCUCUAUCCCGCAGGCUGCUGCCGCUCCGCGCUGUUAUCGCAAGCUUGUUUCUGCUCCCUUUCUAUUAAAAUCCUGUUUUUUUUUUAAAUUUUAUUUUGUUUUUUAUCGCCGGCGUCAGGAGACGCUCGGUGGCAGGUUUGGGGUGACAUUCGGCAGCAUCUCCGCGGGUGUGUUUUUUUUUUUUAUUAUUUUCAACCGGGACCAGACCGGAGCGGUCCGCUUUGAGCGAAUAACGGGUCCGUGUGCGGGGCAGCUGAGUGGAUUUCCAGGUACAAGUGAAAUGACUUCACAGAGGCUGGGAACAUAAAAGACAAAAAAAGCCGCAAAGCUUUUGAAGUAACUUUGGAGAAACCGGCACAACCCUUUGAAGUGUUUCGUUUUCCACAUUAUCCACGAAAUGUGUUUAUUCCAUUUUAUUUAAGUCUCCCCCCCCCCCAUUCAACUUUUGUUUUUGUUUUUGUUGACCUCUCCUUCUACCGAGACUAUCGACGCGCCGCACGGAGUGACUCGGUGAAGAUGAACUCAUACAUCUUAAGUCUUCUCCUGACUUUGGAUUUAGCCACUGUGGCACUCACUCUGUCCACGUGCAGCACCCUGGACAUGGACCAGUUCAUGAAAAAGCGCAUCGAGGCCAUCCGGGGGCAGAUCCUGAGCAAGCUGAAGCUGACCACCCCUCCGGACAGUUUCCCGGAGCCCGACGAGGUGUCCCGGGACAUCAUCGCCAUCUACAACAGCACGCGGGACCUGCUGCAGGAGAAGGCCAACGACCGGGCGGCGACGUGCGAGCGCCAGCGGAGCGAGGAGGAGUACUAUGCAAAGGAGGUGCAUAAGAUCGACAUGCCUCCCUACCCCUCAGAGAACGUCAUCCCUCCUGCCCACUACAACCCCUUCUACAGGAGGCUGACCUUCGACGUGUCCUCCAUGGAGAAGAACGCCUCCAACCUCGUGAAGGCUGAGCUCAGGAUCUUCCGUCUUCAGAACCCCAAGGCCCGCGUGUCUGAACAACGCAUCGAGCUCUACCAGAUUUUGGGACACAAAGACCCAGCGUCCCCAGCGCAACGCUACAUUGACAGCAAGGUAGUGCGCACGCGCACAGAGGGGGAGUGGCUAACGUUUGACGUGACAGAGGCCGUCAGCGAGUGGUUGAAUCAUAGAGACAGAAAUAGCGGAUUCAAGAUCAGCCUGCACUGUCCGUGUUGUACGUUUGUGCCAUCAAACAACUACAUCAUUCCUAACAAGAGUGAGGAGCUGGAGGCACGGUUUGCAGGUAUCGACGACAGUUUUAACCAUGGCGGAGAGCUGAAGGUGUUUAAGAGGCGACCACAUAUCGCUCAGGCUCCUCACCUGCUGCUCAUGCUGCUGCCAUCUUACCGGCUGGAGUCCCAGUCCCAGCCCCCACAUAAGAGCCACCGCUCUAAGAGAGCACUGGAUGCCGCCUACUGCUCCAGAAAUGUACAGGACAACUGUUGCUUAAGAUCACUCUACAUUGACUUUAAGAAGGACCUUGGCUGGAGGUGGAUCCAUGAACCAAAGGGCUACAAUGCUAAUUUCUGCGCAGGGGCCUGCCCGUAUCUCUGGAGCGCUGACACCCAGCAUAGCAAGGUCCUGGGUCUGUAUAACACGAUCAAUCCUGAAGCAUCGGCAUCGCCCUGCUGUGUGUCCCAAGACCUGGAGCCGCUCACAAUCCUCUAUUACAUCGGCAAGACCCCCAAAAUCGAACAACUCUCUAAUAUGAUCGUCAAGUCUUGCAAGUGCAGCUAGGAACUGUCACAAGCCAGCUCAAACACUCUCUUUCAUAAACACACACAUGCACACGCACACACACAUAUGCAAACGCACACACACACACACACAUUUCUGGACGUACAUAUAAAACAAAUGCAUCUGUACAAUUUCUUACAUGCACUAUUAUCCUGGCAUAUUUGAUCUUUCUACAAAAAAAGAAAAAAGCAGGAUGGUCAUGUGUGAUGUGCUUUAGAAUACAGGUACACAACCAGCAUUGUACAUAUGUACAUUAUACAUACAUUAUGUACCUUGUACUAAUGCAACCAACACACAAACAUACUGUACGGAAAAAAAAGCAUUCACACAGGGGACAAAUACAUGCUACAUAGGACACACACACACACACACACACACACACACACACACACACACACACACACACACACACACACACAUACACACACACACACACACACACACACACACACACAAAUGUGGCACAGACAUGGCUUUUGUGAAGGCAUGCCUGUGCUCUUGUGUGUAGAAGGGCCUGUCAACGUGCAUCACCUCACACAUUUGUCACACAAAGAUGCAAGAGUACAGCAAACACUGGAAGUAUAGUGAUAAGUGUCUAUAUGUGAAAUAUGUCCUGAGAGUAAGAUACCUGCACCUCCCUUGUACCUCCCCCUCCCCCUCCACCACCCCCGACCCCCGCAUCCCCCCGAUUUCAACACCCAGACGACACCGUCAUGCCGUGGCCUUAUCUGUUUUGUCUCAUUUUUGUACCCUUGAUAUUUUUCUAUUUCUUAGUUGUUGUAUUGCUAUUUAAGUUGUUUGCGUUUAAUGGUUGGCACCCAUCAAACUUGUAACUAUAUAGGAAAGUAGAUAGUGUGAACCUGCUACUGGUCAUAAUAAUGUCUGAUCCCACCUGCAGUUUAGCGGUGAUGUAAAAACUGUCUUCUUUACGUGUAUGCUUGAAAACACACCGGAUGAGAGGAAAACGCCAAUGUUCCCACUGAGAUGGUUAGGACAACAAAUCCCAUGCCAUAGUAGUCCCUGCCAGAGUAAGUACACUACCCAUAGUUUGUGUCUUUAGUAAGUCCUGCUUGGCUCUGCUUGGCUUGUGCACCGACCCUCCAGCCCUUCAGCGGUAUGGAUGACCGAACGCCACACUUCCAACAUAAAAAAGGUAAACGCACUGAUGAAGGCAAAAGAGCCAGGAGGUUCUCCGAGCUUGACAAUCCAUUGGCUUCAUCUCACAUCCAUCACACCCGGAGUUUCAGAGGAUGUGGACGAUGGGAGGUCUGGCGAAGUGACGGAGGAGGUGUUUUGUCUCGCUAAGCAGCAACACAGCGGUGUUCGGCAGCACGUCGUAGAUAACAAGUGUGAUGAUGGGCUGGAACAAAAAGGUGCUAAUGGAAAUUAAAAAUAUGACCUUAUUCAAAAUAAUGAUCUUAGGAGACGUGAUUUACCAAAGGUGGUUGAGGUGUGUUGAGAUGGUGUCUGUACAGGUGUGGCUGCGGUUGCUUGCACAGACAUCGAAUUGGUCGUCUUUGUGCAAAUGUGAAGCUGCCUGAUCACCCCAAACUUCACGAGAUGAAAAACUGUCUUCUCAGUCAUUAGAGUCUUCUUUUUUCUUUAUCAAACCAAUUUGCACUGAUGCUAUUUUAACAUUGCUUUAGACAUAUCUUCCCCCCUUAUAAGAUGAGGAGUGUGGAUGAAGGUGACAUGACCCCAGUAGCACCAGUGGACCUCCUGGAUAGCAGGGCAGAGAGCAACGCACCGAUAUUGUCACGAUAGAGCUGUUAUUUUUAUGUUUAUUGUUGUUGUUUAUGAUGAUGAUGAUGAUGAUGUUGACCCACUAUGAUGUAUCGUAACACAAUAUUGUUGUGGUGCUCUGGUGGUAAAUAAAUUAUUUA